CUUUGAUCUGCUGCAGAGUUGCAACGACAUGGCCGGCAAGACGCAGCCGAUGCCGGCGACAAAGACCAAUGGAAGGGCAAAGAGAAGUAAGGAGGCUGUCGAGGAGGGCACUGCAACCUUGACCGAAGAAAGGAGGUUGCAAGAGAUCCAGACGGCGCUAUCCACCUCUGCAGACCUCAAUCCCUUGUACGACCUCAUCCGACUGGCUCAUGGGCUCAGCACGAAGCAGGAGCCGAACCUGGUCAAGACGCUGUACGCCUCAGCCAGGAUCUUGGCCCGAUCUCUCACUUCGCUCAUCAAAGACGACAGGAUCCCCCUCGGCCACGUGGACGAGGAAGGCUACGUUCUGGGAGGCGCAACUAGCACCUCAUCCACAAAGGAGCUGAGUGAGGCCGAUCGAGCAGUGAGGAGCUGGUUGCGACAAAGGUGGAACGAAAGCGUAGACCUACUGUGCUCUCUCCUCGGCCAUGAAUCCCAGGAUCUGAGAGCGCUUGCGAUUCGCCUGCUCAUGACGUUGCAGGUCGCUGCGUCGAACUUUCUCUCUGGCCAGUCGAGCUCUUCAAAGGAUCCUGCAAACUUGCAAGCACGCUGGUCCGAGUCUCCGUGGCGACGCUUGAUCACUUCUUUGCUCUCUGGAGCACCGAUAUUGUCCCCAGAGAAGCUCCUUGUGGUUGACAGGGUGGAAGAAUUAGCUCAAGAUGUCCGGCUCGUCUUCGCCGAAGAAUAUCUGGAAAAGUACGACGACGUCCGCUUCGCAUUCUGCAGGGAUGUCACAGCGCAGCUCAGCAAACCACCCCCCAGCAUCUCUCAGAGGAGUGACGUCCGAUCCAAGGCCAUGUCAAUGAUGCUUCUCUUGACCGCCAUUCCGACCCAGGCUGCCGACCUCAACGAAUUUUUCGUUCCGGCGCUGGCCAGAGCACCGCCAGGGUUGAACAAGAAGGCAAAGUCCAAGAAAAAGGGGCCAAAGUUCGCGGAAGAUGGAGGGAGCGAUGACGAAAAUGGAGACGGCGGCGGUGACGACGAGGACGAUUUGGCCGACUGGUUUUCCGAUAGCGACAAUGAGGGUAGAUCGAAGGAGGUCAAGCAGCUCAAGAAGAGGGAUGACAUAGCCGGGCUGGGGAGCGCUGCUGUGUCUGCAAACGAGGCAAGCCAACAGCAACGAAGGUUGAAAAGGAACCCGCCCCUACUGGAAGCCAUCCACUCGCUGCGAGCCCAGAAGUCGGCUUUCAGCAAAGCAUGGCUGGCUGUGCUGCUGGUUUCUCGCGACGCCGAAGGCAAUGCCCUUAGGGGCGAGCUGAGUCUGGCGCAGACACAUGAGGCCCUCGUCCGGAUCCACUCUCAAAUCCUGCCCCAUCUCGUCAAGCCAAAUCUUCUUCAUGAUUUUCUCGUCGAUUGCCUCGACGCCGGCGGUGCAACUGCCUUGUUGGCUCUCAAUGCGCUCUUUACGCUCAUGACGUCGCACAACCUCAACUACCCCUCCUUCUACAUGCGGCUUUACGGUCUUAUGGUAGCUGAUCCACCUUUCCUUCACGUCCGAUAUCGUUCUCGGUUCCUCCGGUUGCUCGAUGUCUUCCUCUCUUCCACCCACCUGCCCGCUGCGCUCAUUGCCUCAUUUGCCAAGAGGCUCUCCCGAGCUGCCCUUCGUGCGCCCCCCUCUGCCGCCGUGACUAUCGCCCCAUUCGUGUGGAACCUGCUCAAGCGACACAAAAGGUGCAUGACGAUGAUCCAUCGUGAAUUCGAAGGCGAUCGAUUCGAGGCAGGACCCGCUGGUAUCGAGGAUCCCUUCGACCCCCUCGAACGAGACCCUCUCAAGACCAGAGCCAUCGACUCGUCGCUGUGGGAGCUUGCAUCACUGGGCGCGACCCAGGCUGCCGCGUCAAAUCAGGGUCUGCCGACAGAUGGCGUGGGGGGCCAGGCGCACUAUCUCGCCAGUGUCCAUUCGCUUGCCAAGAUUCUCGCUGAGCCGUUUACAAAGGAAAAGUACGGCCUGGAAGACUUUUUGGACCUGACCUACAGUACCAUGUUUGAAAACGAGACGGUGAGGACGUUGAACCCGAGGAGAAACGAGGACGGGACGAGGAUUGUGAGACCCAAUGCCAAGGAACCGGCGUUGGCGUAUUCCUUGCCGACAGAUCCCAAACGAGGAAAGAGGGCGGCCGCCUUCCGGCUCGCGGUCGAUCAAGACGAGGAGCAGCGGGGGGUUACAAAGAAGCAGAAGACGAUGCAAGUGAACAACGACACAGAGGAUGAUGAAGACCGGGAAGCUCGACUGGCUAUGAAGGAGGUGGAAGAGCAACAGGAACAGCAAAAGAAGGAGCAGGCUGAUGCAUGUAAUCGUCUCUGGAUCUUCUCAUAAGGCAUCGUAAUUUUAUAACCAUUGCAAUCAGAGA